CGCCACGCCACUCCGGGAUCCUCUGGCGCAGAGAGAAAGCGCAGCUUGGCCGCCUGCGAGCAAGGAGCCGGGCUGGGAGGGUUUAUGAUGUGAUGUGAUAUGAUAAUACAGGCGGCCGGCUGCUGUUACGGGCGGACUCGGCAGUUAAAAAGCGGCCGCUGACUUCAGCCCUGCUCACUACUGUGUUUGCGUGUCGUCGGAGGAAAGGCAAGCGCGGAAGCCCCGGAGGCUGACCGAAGCGCUCUAUCUCUGCAGUGGUUUUCCAGUCAGCCAUGAUGUCAGUAAAAACUCCUCCCCUCUCCCGCUCUGGCUCCUCGCCCUCCACCGUUGGUCUAGCGAAUCGCAGCGGGGCCUCUGCCACCCCUCCGACCUCUCUCAGCCUUCGCUCAUCAUACAAUCAGCUGCUUGGACGAGAUGUCAUCAAGGAGUCCAUGGAAACCGGAAGUUCGGCCACCUUGCCGAAGAGCCGCCAGAGGUACGCGAUGACCAGCGUGCGCAGCGCCAUGGGGAUAAGUGACAACUUGGCUUUGCUGUCUAAAAACCAACCUGUAACCAGAGGACGCGGCCUUCCCACCAAGUCCUCCUCCAGCUCCGCCCUUUACUCCUCUUCUUCCUCUUCCUCGCUGUUUAAUACAACUAACCCCAAACUGGCGAAGAAUGGCGCCAACAUGCAGAGACGAGCUGAGAGCCAGCAGCUGGAGCUCAGCAGGGCCAAUACAGAGGGCAAAAUUGACAACGAUCUCAUCAAUAAUCCCACUUCAGACUGGCUAGAAUUUGAGAAAGAUAACUCGCAGCUUCCGCCCUUUCGAAGAAGGACCAAGAGCUUCUUGGAGUACCAUGGAAAGGGCUGGGAUCUGGACCUAAACCAGGGAAACAAAGAGGACAAGGGGGAAAAGAAGCAGCAGCCCUCCCCAGAGAAGGAACAGCCUAGUCCUGUGAAAGAAAGGGAGAGUCAGAAGGAGGAGAAGGCCAGCAGCAAGCAAACCUGCCAGGAAGAGAAGGAGGAGGUUGAGCCGGUGGCGGAGGAGGAUGAAGAAAAGGAUGAGCCCACACCGACACCAAGACAGCCACUGCUACCUGUGGUAGUCGAAGCCCCUCUUUCCUCCACCCCCUCUUCUUCUAGUAACAGCCCAGAGUGGGUUCCAGACAACCACAACCACCUGCAGAACCAAGUUCCAGCCCAGGUCAAAGAGGAGCUCUGCGCCCAGGUUCAGGCUAGCCCACGCAGCCCUGCAAAGCCUCCCCGAAGCACCCAGCCCCGGGUGAUCAAGGUGGAGCUACACCCCAACAACGAGAACCAGUUUCUUCAGCAGUACCCACCCUCUUCACCUAAACAGGCCAGAGCUGCAGAGAAGACCACGCCUACCAGGAAUCGGGCGCCCCCUCCUCAGCCUGAACCAGAAACCGGCCUUCCAAAAGUGGGCUUAAGAAUGGAUCUCACUCCCGAGACUCCAUCAGAAGAUGAAGACUCCAGUUGGACCACCCUAUCUCAGGAGUCACCCUCUCCACUGACUCCAAAAGAGACAGCAGAUGUAUGGGUUGAAGGGGAGCUGCCCCCAGGCUGGCGGGAGAUCUCAGACUCAUCAGAGGUCUAUUUUUGGCACGUGCCCACCGGCACUACGCAGUACGACCGACCUGUUGCCUCAAGCAAACACACCGUUUCUAGCAAUGAUGACGAGAAUGACCCACAACAGGUCACACAGGACUCCCUUAAGCCACCCAAUGAGCGCCCCAGCAGCCUGAUAUCCGACAGCUCCGUGGAGCCGGUCCCCUCGCCCUCUGGAUCCUCCCCCUCCCCUUCCUCCUCCUCCUCCAGCAAAAGUAUUUUUAACUGCCCCCCUGUUUUAAAUAAACAACCAGAGUGCUUAAACUUAUAAAAUGAUCACCAAACAUAUCCAGUAAACUUGAUCAUGACAGUCUGUGGAGUGACAUCCCGGACCUCACUCGUGUGCUGUAGUUGUGCACACACGUACACAUAUUUGUUGUGCCGAUUAUUAGCGAUAUCACAGAGUCUGUGUCUCUUCCAGUCAUUUCCAGUGAGAUCUCUGGGCUGGGUGGAGAUGGCCGAGCAGGAUUUGUGUGAAGGGAGGAGCAGCGUGGCUGUCCACCACUGCAUCAGACAGCUGUCCUACUGCAGGAGGGACAUACGAGACUCAGCCGGUGUCUGGGGAGAGGGCAAAGGGAUGCUUUUAGUGCUUCAGGAUCGCAUGUUAACUCUUGUUGACCCUGAUGAUCGCAGCUUGCUCCACUCUCAGCCAAUCAGCAGCAUCCGUGUCUGGGGUGUUGGCAGAGACCAUGACAGAGAAAGGGAUUUUGCCUAUGUGGCCAGAGACAAAAACACACGGGUGCUGAAGUGCCACGUGUUCCGAUGUGAUACCCCUGCCGCAGCCAUCGCCACAAGUCUCCACGAAAUCUGUUCCAAGAUCAUGGCUGAGAGGAAAAGUGCCAAGGCUGCAGCUGGCAGCUCCUCCCAGAACGGCUCCGACGUACCCAUGCAAGAGUUUCCCAUGCCAAAGACCGAGUUGGUGCAAAAGUUUCAUGUGCACUAUCUGGGGAUGACGUCUGUGUCUCGACCUAUAGGUAUGGACAUCAUAAAUGGCGCCAUAGACAGCCUCGUGUCCUCUACAGGCAAAGAGGACUGGACUCCUGUCAUACUGAGCAUCGCUGAUACCACGGUGGCAGUCAUCAAAGAAAAGGAGGAGGAAGAGGAGGCACUGGUGGAGUGUCGUGUCCGUUUUCUGUCCUUCAUGGGCGUGGGACGGGAUAUUCAUUCAUUUGCCUUCAUUAUGGACACUGGAAGCCAGCAUUUCCAGUGUCACGUGUUCUGGUGUGAACCCAAUGCAGGCAGUGUAUCCGAGGCUGUCCAGGCAGCUUGUGUGCUUCGGUACCAGAAGUGCCUGGUAGCACGGCCGCCCUCCCAGCGUGCUGGCUCUUCCUCCUCGCCGUCCGCAGACUCAGUGACCCGGCGGGUGACCACUAGCGUGAAACGCGGCGUCCAGUCUCUCAUAGACACUCUGAAACCCAAGAAACAGCCAUCAGAACUCCCCCAGCAAUGACCGUCACCUCUGACCACUGCACCCCUCCCCAGCCUGGAAGCCACUCACACUUUCGCCACAAUAGCACUUAAUCAGUACCAGCCAUGGUAACCAACGAUGUACAUACAGUAUAACAAACAUCAACACAGAUUAAAGGAAAGAAAAACCAUUCUUGAAAAUGCCUGACGAUUUAAAAAAAAAAAGAAAAAAGAAAAUUCACCUGUUUUGUGUGAAAGAAGGGAAAAGCUGGCGUCAACUGUUGAACUUUGACGCUACUUUGUCCACGUGGAACAUAAUUCCUCCUGUAUGUGGAUUUCUGAGACAGAUGGAUUACUCGAUCGCGCAUCAUACAGACAGGAUACGGGAUUACCGAGAAGAUGAAAACAAAAAUCACAUUUCUAUUUACAGACUAGUAACGGAAGCCCUCGCCGAUUUUUCUUUCCACUUCUGUCUCCUUCUGAACUCAACUGGAUGAGCUGCUGUAGCCUCCCAGGACUGUGGUCACGGAUAUCUGACAGAUGAAUGAGAAAAGCACCAAGAUCCUGCAGCUGGCAGCUGCCCACCAAAUGGCAUAAAAAUGUUUCAAUAGUUUCGAUGAAUGAGAAACUUCCAAAAAAAAAAAAAAGAAAGAAAAAGGCAAAAACUUACCAUCUCCUUUAACGACGAAUGAAGUGAUUGUAAUAAUCGAGCAUAUGUAAAUGAUUGUAUGGGGGAAGAGACAAUUUAGGGUAUAAAGCUUGUGGAUAUUAGAGUGACAUAAGAUUUUGGUGACUAAAAUAAUGAGACAGAAGCGGAGUUUGAUUUUGCAUGUUUUCUUGAUGGGGUUUGUUUUAUCUUGAUGAUUUGGGAAGACCAAAAAAAAAGAAAAAUAGAUGCUAUCAGCACAAUUCAUUUCCACUUGACCAUAACUGGAUUUACACACUGGCACAAAAAGAAAAUAAUAAAAAUAAUCCGGCCUUUUACCAAACAUAAUUAAAAGCUUGCUUUCUGCCUAAUUUACAACACACAAAUAAGGAUUGUAUUUUAAUGAGUUUUAACGAAUGGGUCCAUCAGCAAAAGAAAGUUUUCAAUGUGCUAAAAAUCAGUUAAGAUUGUAGUUUUUUUCCUGCAUACAUUAUCGAAAAGGAAUGUAACAUUGCUUCUUUUCAACUUAAAUUCCUCAGGAAACUUUACCACAUAUACCUAAAAUGUACGUAGAAGCAAGAAACUCCGCUCGACUUGGCAGAUGUGAAGCGUGUUCAUGUUGCUGGACACCAAAAAAGAUCAGAUUUGUGCCAUAAGCUGAGGAGAAAUUCAGUAAAUCCAGCCAGUGUCCUCCCACUCACAAACAAAUAUUCACACACACAAAUAUGCACUCAUAGCAGUAAAAAAAAAAAAAAGAGAGAGAGAGAGAGUGUCAGCUGUCACUGCUGUCAAAAGUUUUUAACGGCGCUCCUUUGGCCCGGGGCCACCACCUGCACUCAGUGUGAACUCUGUGAAUGCAGUCUGAUCUAAAUGAAAACCACACUAAACAAACUAGAGAGAUGCUAUAAAUCAUUUCAUUUCUGCUCUUCACCCAUCUCCACACCAUGUAAAUGUAAGCUGUUGUGACAAUAAAUGCAUUACCAAAAGAAAAAAAAAA